UAGCCACUGCUUAGUGUCUUGGGCGUGUCCAGCCACUGCUAAGCGCCUUGGGCGUGUCUAGCCACUGCUUAGUCUUGGGCGUGUCCAGCCCCUUUGCGCCUUGGGCGUGUCCAGUCACUGCUUAGUCUCGGGCGUGUCCAGCCACUGCUUAGCGCCUCGGGCGUGUCCAGCCACUGGUUAGCGCCUCCAGCGUGUCGAGCCGCCACGUGCCAUGCUAUGUAGUUGUCCGUCCGACGCCAUGAAGUUCUUGAUAAGCUGGCUGUUGUUGUUUCUCCAACUUGAUGAAUCUCUGGGUAAACAACCACCUCAUAUCAUCUUCAUCGUCAGUGACGACCUGGGUAGGUACUUACUUUAUAAGGAAAGGGCCGUAGUGUCUUUUUUGCUAUUUAGUUGUUAUUAGACAUAAAUUCAUAAUGAUUGGUCUACCAGAGCGUACAAGCAAUGCAUAUUUAUAGCAACGUUGUAUAAAUAAUUUUACUUUGUUGGUGAAAAUACUACUUCUUAUUUGAAAAUAACCUGCCUAGUUUUAUUAAUGAACAUUUUGUUGUUGUUGUUGUUGUUGUUUGUUUUAUAUUUGAUACUUCACUUAGGAUUACAAUUCUCGGUGUGCAAUAUUUAAAAUAAUUAUAUGACCCAUGCAAAGUAUAGAUUUAUAACCAAAAAAAAUAAAAUAAAAAUACUUAACCAUAAAUAAUGAUAAUUAUCACUUGGAACGAAAGUGAAUAGCAAUGAGAAGGAAUAUUUUGGUUGCAUUUUUUUUGGAAUCAAAGUUUGUGUGUGCUGAUAAAUUUCUCUCCGCUGAAAUCUUACUGCGUCGUAAAUCUUGGAAUACAGUGUUCAGGUAUGAAGUAAGUCUGUUACUGCGCCAUCUCGCUAGAUAAGUCCCAUGGGGAUCACACGGUUGUCUCACAAUCUGAACGAUCGGCAGUGAAGCCUCGACGAAGAGAACUUCGUAGCAAUGACUAUCAUGGGAGUCAGAGGUCAGCCCACAGCCCUUAGUUCCACAUUUUUCCAUGACUAUAUCAAUGAAUCGCCCACUUUGUUAGCAAAACAAAAAAAAUUGCAUGCCUGUAAGUGGACGAUUUGGUAAUCUGGAGUACUGGUAAGAAGGGAAAAUCGCAGCGUUGGCCACUGGAGAUUUACACCUAGGUGACGGUCUAUGCACUAUUCACAAAAGGGUCGGACCAUUCUCAAUCAGGAGAUCCUACCCAGGGUGAACGCUGUAACUUUCAGACGAGACAAGCAGCCUGUUUAUCUAGGAGUCAAGUUGAAUCAAAAUACAUUAUCUCGUAGAAGACUUGAAUUCACCAGGCGACCGCCAAGCUCAUCCUGGAGGGGGGGGGGGACACUCGCGUGCACGAACUGGGGCGCCGGAGGAGAAACACCCAGGCAUCUACUCCAGGGGGGUAGAGCAAGUCCGGUGAUGGACUACAGCGUACCCGUUCAAUCCUUUGCAAGCCACAUCCAGAAUCAGUCGUAGCCAUCGUCAAGAACUGGCUGGGCUGACCUCCUUAGAACGAAUUGAUACGGACAAUGGGCAGACAACACCAAGGCUUUAGGUGUGUUCGCUUCCGAGCAGACAAAAAUCCUUGGUGGAAACUGGGACGCCGACAUGAAAAGGCAGAAAAAAAUCUGGUAAAGCCUUAAGGACACUGCGGACAUCCAAAAAUUCUUUCGGACUUUUACGAGCACAUCUUUUUUUUCCAUAGACGGUUAAGGACCCUGGUAUAAUAUAUCUUCUAAUGCAGAUUUCCAAAAUUAUCACAAUUCAGAUGUUCUGACAAAGUCGUUUUGAAAUUUCUUUGUAAACGAAUGCCAAUCAAUGACACAAUGUCUUUCUCCUAAACAGGAUGGAAUGACGUGGGUUGGCACAACCCGGAAGUGCUGACCCCUAACCUCAACUGGCUGGCCAACAGAGGACUCAUCAUGGAUUCCACCUAUGCCUCACCCACGUGUACACCGUAAAUUGUUAUCAUAUGCUUAAGGGUUUUGUUUUAAAUGUAGGGGGUCUAAUAAGGGGGCCAUCACCAGGGGAUCGGGCAAGGUCGUCAUCGGGGGUUCUAUUCAGAUCAUCAUCGGGGGUCCCAACAAGUGGCCCUCAUUAGGGGGUUCUAAUCAGGGGGGUCAUCAUCAGGGUUUUUUAUAAGGGGUCAUCACGAGGGGCUCUAAUCAAGGUGUUUAAUCAAAAGUUAUAAUCAUGGGUCUUAAUCAGGGAUUCUGAUCAUUUAUGGGUUAUUUGGAACCCAUGAUUUCGAACAGUUUUGAGGUGUGAAAUCAACGGAGCGACCCGUGGUCUAUAAUGCUUUGUGGAUACCUCCACAUGCACCACAAUGCUCAUUUGACUUAAACUAAAAUCUGGCAUGAUUAUUUGGCCACGUGCUCCACACUUGAAAUGCCAUACAUAUUUUAAUGACCACAGCUUUAGAUAAACUGUUUCAUUAACAUCAACGUGUGGAGAUUUAAAUAGUUACAUUCAAUAAUAUACAGCAGGGCUGCACAACUCAAAAUGUAAGGAGGGUCGUAUACUUUAUGAAAAACGGGUGCGGCCGAAAGAAACUAGGACAGUGGGGAUUGGAAAGCUGUUAAGAAAAUGAUAAUAAUAAAGAAUGUUUCUUUACUUUGCGGGCCGCAGAGUGGGUGAUGGUGGGCCGAAUGUGUGCCAUAUAGUACCAGAGCGAUUCAGUUAAAUUAGCUGAAAGGAAUUUUAGUUAUAUCAAUAUUUUACAAAACAUAUUUUAAAGCCAUUUAUAUUAACUUCGCUUUGUUCAUCUUCGGACGGCUAGCUGACCCACUUUCCGUCAACAUAUCGAGCGGAAACCUGUCACAUAGACUCAUUACCGGAUGAAAACACAUUCUUUCAGAUUUUCAGCCCCACACUCGAGUCCGAACAAUACGUUUUUCCUGUUUUUUUCAGGGGUUAGAUAAAGAAAUAUGAUGACACCGAUUUCAGAAAAUAACAUUACCGAUAAUUGCGUUCUUAUAAAAUAAAAGAAAUAAACUAUUAAAUAAUACAAGUAUCGCAAGUGCCUUUUUUUUUGCGUUAUAUUUUCUUUUCGUUUUCUGAAAGAGUUGGGGAAAUAAAUCUACGGUGUAAACGCGGAGGGGUACCUAGAAUAUUAAUAUGGUUCAUGGGGGCCUGACAAAAAUGUACGGUUGUUAGCCUAGGGGGGGGGGGGAGGGGGGGAGAACUAAUUUAAAUUCGUAAAAAGUGCGUUAUUGGUAUGCACGCUUUCUCAAAUUUUCAGCGCCCCUCCCCCCAAAACCCCCCCUGCGCCAAUUUUACAUUUUAUUUAGGGGGGGGGGGGGGGGGGGGGGGGGGGGGGGAGAACUAAUUUAAAUUCGUAAAAAGUGCGUUAUUGGUAUGCACGCUUUCUCAAAUUUUCAGCGCCCCUCCCCCCAAACCCCCCAUUGCUCAAUAUUACAUUUUAUUAAAAAAAUUACACGAAAUUUUUUUUUUUUCUUUAGGGGCUGGUUUAAUUAAUUCUUUUUUAGGCUACUAGUUUGUUCGUGUCGAAAUCUCAAAUUGAAUUUCAGCUCCAGAAACAGUUACAUGACAGGAAUGUUUCCAAUUCACACGCAACUUCAGGUACUUUCUCUUAUGUCUUUAAACUUUUGUCUGUAAACAUAUGCUUAUGUGCGUAAGUGCAUUUUUUUAUUGAGAUGAAAUGUAUUUAAUGCAUUUUUUUAUUGAGAUGAAAUUUAUUUAAUGCAAUUUUUUAAAAAGAAAAAUAACUUAGGUCUAUAGUGUAGGUCAUUAGUAGAUCUUUAGUUGUUCUUGGGAGGUUUUUUGUGUAUGUGUGGGGGGUGUAUAUGGUUAAUUUGUGAGUAUUUGAUUGAUUUAGUGGGUAUUGGGUGGCUAUAUGUGGUUACAUCGAUUAUUUUUUGGAAAUUUACAUAAUUUUUCUUGGUAUUAAGUUAAAUUUUUGUGGGUAUUUAGUUAAUUUUUCUGGGUAUUUAAUUGAUUUUUGUUGGUAUUUAUCUGAAUCAUUGGGGUAUUACGUUUGUUUUAUGGGGUAUAUUGUUAAAGUUUAUGGGCAUUUAGUUAAGUUUUGUGGGUUUUUGCUACCCUUUUCUUUUUUAGGUAUUAAGUUAGAUUUUUUUGGUAGUUAUUUCUAUUUUUUUGGGCGGUAGUUAAAUUUUAUUCCGACUCGUCUAAUACAGCAUUGUUUAUAAACUAUCCUCGUUAUCUCAAAACUUCGAACUUGGUCAAUCUGUGUGUCAGUGACAUGUGUAUUAACUCUUUUCCCUUUGUCCCAUUUCAAAUUUGAGCAAUUUAGUGUUUUAUUACAUAUACUUGGCAAAGUAUUAUGAAUCACCCCAUUACCAAUUACCCCAUUACCAAUUAGCACAUAAUGAAUUAUCACAUUACCAAUUACCACAUUAACAAUUAACAUAUUACUCAUACCUAUUACAAUAUUACCAAUUUCCACAUUACCAAAACCACAUUAUAACACUACCAAUUACCACAUUACUUAUUACCACAUUACCAAUUUCAUUUCCAGCAGAAAAGAUAUGCAUUUUAUUAUAUUACAUGUUCUGGUUCAUCAUCCCCCCCCCCAGCAAUCCAUCCAUCCUGCCCAGGCCAUGUACAUACCACUCAAGUACACACUUCUGUCCGAACGGCUUAAACAACGAGGCUACUCCACACAUCUGGUUGGCAA